GCGGGGGUGGGUGGCGGUGCUCGUGGUUGCCGCAAUCGGUAGGAUCCCGGGUCCGGGUGCCGGUGCCGGUGCGGGGAUGCCGCUGUGAGGGAUGCGGGGACCCGGGUGAUCUAUGUCCACGUCGGCCAGGCGGUUCGUGCAAUCGCUGACCGGGCGGCGUCAAUCGGAUGUGCCCGGCUCGAGUACCAAGCUCGUCUACGGCCACCACGAGCUCGACGAGAUAGCCGUCGUUUCUUCCAACGCCACGCCGCAGCAGCUCAAAUAUGGAAGCGGCUCUCUCUCCAACACUGCCAACGGCCCCAGGAUUGUCCCAGGGACGGCCUCGAAGUCGGGCGGAAACGAGGGGCUCAGCGCCUCCGGCUCGCGACUGGACACGGGGAGCCCGGCCGUUUCGGGCUACACGACCGGUAACAAGAGCAGCAGCGAGUCCCUCCGGCCCAACAGGAUUCUGAAGUCCGUCUCCCGCCAGAACCUCCUCGACAUCGUCCGCCUCGGCUACGGCAAACAGAAGCCCCACCAGCGGUACCUGGCGACGUCGCGGGACUCGCUGGCGGCGGCGUACAUAAACCGGGCGUCGGCGGCGUCGGAGCUGGACCUGUCGCGGUCGAAGGUGCGGCGGAAGGAGAUCCGGAACCGGCUCAAGCUGCCCGGGAGCUUCGCCGAGGGGAAGACCCUCAACGGGAGCGCCGGGCCGGCCGGCGGCGGGGGCGGGGGCCCCCACGGCGCCGGCCCCCACCCGGGCGCAGGCCCCAACCACCAACACUCCUAUCACGCCUCCAAGUCUUCCCAGGCCAAGUGGUCCUUCGUCUUCGAUCCCGCCGGACGGCUCUGCUACUACUGGUCCAUGAUCGUUUCCUUAGCUUUUUUAUACAAUUUUUGGGUUAUUAUUUACCGAUUUGCCUUCCAGGAAAUUAACCGGGAUUCAAUCCUCGUGUGGUUUGUUCUGGACUACUCCGCGGACUUUUUAUACAUAAUCGACAUCCUGUUCCACUUCCGGACGGGCUACCUGGAGGACGGCGUCCUGCAGACGGACUCGACGAAGCUGCGCACCCACUACAUGAACUCGACGACGUUCUACAUCGACUGCCUGUGCCUCCUCCCUUUGGACUUCCUCUACCUCUCGAUCGGCUUCAACUCGGUUUUGCGCUCCUUCCGGCUCGUCAAGAUCUACCGCUUCUGGGCCUUCAUGGACCGGACCGAGCGGCACACCAACUACCCGAACCUCUUCCGCUCGGCGAGCCUCAUCCACUACCUCCUGGUGAUCUUCCACUGGAACGGGUGCCUCUACCAUAUCAUCUGCAAGAACAACGGGUUCGGGAGCCGCAACUGGGUCUACUCGGACAACGACACGACCGACGUGGUGAAGCAGUACCUGCAGAGCUACUACUGGUGCACCCUCGCCUUGACCACCAUCGGGGACCUCCCCCGGCCGCGGAGCAAGGGCGAGUACAUCUUCGUCAUCGUCCAGCUCCUCUUCGGCCUCCUCCUCUUCGCCACCGUCCUCGGCCACGUCGCCAACAUCGUCACCAGCGUCAGUGCCGCCCGCAAGGAGUUUCAAGAUGAGUCAGCGAGAACCAAGCUGGACGGGGUGAAAACUUACAUGCGAAUGCGGAGAGUGCCUAACCACUUGCAAGUCAAAGUUAUCAAGUGGUUCGAUUACUUGUGGUUGACCCAGAAGUGCUCAGACGAGGAGAAAGCUGUUAGCUGUUUACCGGAUAAGCUCAAAGCUGAAAUAGCAAUUAACGUGCAUUUGGACACACUCAAAAGGGUAGAAAUUUUUCAAAAUACAGAGGCUGGUUUUUUAUGCGAACUCGUUCUGCGGCUCCGGCCUGUUUUAUUUUCUCCGGGUGAUUAUAUUUGUAGAAAGGGUGAGGUGGGGAAAGAAAUGUACAUUGUAAAUAGGGGACGAUUGCAAGUGGUGGCAGACAACGGGAAGACGGUGCUGGCCACGCUCAAAGCCGGUUCCUACUUCGGCGAGAUCAGCAUCCUCAACAUGGGCACCGCAGGUAAAAAUCUUGGUAAUCGAAGGACAGCCUCAGUCCGAUCGGUGGGGUAUAGUGACCUGUUCGUGCUGUCAAAAAAGGACAUGUGGGAUGUCUUGAAAGAAUAUCCAGCCGCCAGGGUCAGACUGGAGGCCAUUGCUGUGAAAAGGCUAGAAAAAUAUAAGCGAGCGCCACUGGAGAAAGAUCUUUUUAUUACAACAGCGGCGAUGGGUCGGAGUCAGUCGACGCCCGGGCUCCUGGAGACGCGCGGGCGGGUCCCGCUCGAGGACAUGUGGGUCUCCCCGGUCUCGGUUGAACCUUUGCUCAAAGGCGUCAUGACCUCUCACUACGCCAACUCUGGGUUCAGCCCGGCCCCGAGCCCCACCUGCAGGUCAAAUACGGGUGCAACAGCAGCGACAACGGAGUCCCCUUUGUCGAUCCUCUCUAGUGUUCACUCAUCCGACCAUCAAGACCAACCAGCCACCAAACCUCUAUUACCUCCCAAAUCCUCCUACGUAGGUGAGUAUGUAGUUAAAAGCAAAGAAGAGCCUUUGCACAAGGAAGAGUUCAUAGCGGAGAUCAAGAGACUGCGGGAACGGUUGGUGACCCUGGAGUCGGAGAAUGCGACCCUGAAUGAAAAACUGAACCAGCAACAGUGGGAGGUGGAGCACCGACUCGCUGAAAUCGAGAUGCAGAUUUGCGGAGCAAGUAGUGCUGACAGCAGCGGCGAAGAGAACAAUAGAGAAUCAAUUAUUUAACAAUUACACAACUCGACUAUUAUCCUCUACCCAAUCGCGUUCAUUUUCAAAAUACACUCUUCUGUUUUUAUCGAGUAUUCUUUUUAAACCAUAGCCAAAUUAUUUCUAUUCCAAACUAAUUCGAGUGAAAUAAACUUUUGCAUUUAUUCCUAAGAUGAAUUCUUAAAAGACCAAAAGAAAACCGUAAAAUUAUAGUUAUGUAGUAAGUAUUACUUAAUGGGUCUCUCUUCUUACCGCUCAACCUUUUUCUGAAUGGUAAAUAAGAGUGUUCAUUUUUCUUUAACAUAGAAUUAGGGAAGGUUACUAAUUUUCUAAUUUUUGAUAAGUAUUUUUAAUUCACUCGAAGUAAAAUAAAUUGAAAUCAGCCUUUUAUACCUUUGAAAUUUAAAGAUUCUGGGAUGUUAUCUCCUAACUGAUACUUGCCAUCUGAUUAAGUAAAAUGCCUUCAAAAUGUUCUCAAUUCUACUGGCUCCAGAUGAAUUCAGACAAGAUUUCACUCACUUGGUACAGCUUCCAUUUAUAUUUCAAACUAGAUUCUAACCAUAACGUUUGACUAGAUUGUUACCAAUUGAAGUACAUCGAUAAAUUUUUGUGAAGUAAGUCUGAGCCAAUCUGUAAGAAGAAUUUUCUUCCUCCUAUCAUGUAGACCAGGAAUGAAUGAAGGUUUUCAUUGUGCUUGUCGAUGUCAUUUUAGACUUAGACGUGAUUUAUAGCUGAGGGUCACUUUCAUAGUUGUUUCCUUUUUUUUGUUUUGUUUUGUUACAAAAGUAACUAAAAUUGUAAUUAGGUCGCAUCUAGAAACAACAUUUAUUUAAGAGGCUCUUUUACGUGGAUACACGCACAGUCCUUAAAUACAAAAAGCAGAUAGUUAUUUUUUCCUGUUUUAGGCAUACAUAAUUUACGAAAAUCUUCUUUUGUUAUUGGUCCUGUAAGUAACUCUUGACUCCUCUGACUGCCUGAGAUUCUCUUGUAUUUCGACGGAUCAGGAUCCAAUGUUUUGACACAAAAUUUAGUAGUUAUUUGUGAAGGUAACUUAUUUAUUUCAUUUUAGAUGAUUUAUGAAAUGAACGGCUUUUAAACGCAAAAUCCAUUAUUGCCAAAAGCGUUGGCUUGUGACCAUUAAACCAUUACUGGGUUGUCUUUCUUUUUGUUUUUUCUUCGUUUUCCGUUUUGUUUUAUUUUGUUGUUGAGAGCUUUUAUGGAUAGUGACCAAAUGAAGAGUACCUAGCUGUAUGGGGGAAUGAAAUGGUUGUAGAAAAGCGACUAAUAAACGGCGGCACAGGCAAGUCUUUAGCCUUCUAUGAAGUAUCAAUCAACUCCUCAAAUUGGAAUAUGGGGAAUCAAGAUGCACUGGCAAUUAAAUCACAGACUUACUUUCUAUCCUGCUGCACACAUGAUGAGCGAUUUUGCGCAAUGAUACCAAACUGCUUAAACUGUCAGAAUAAGCGGUCAAUUAAAUUAUAUUUAUUUCUCUAGUCUACAUGCCCCUUUUAUUUUGUUAUUGUCAUAAGAACUGUGUACAGAAAUAUUUAAUUUGGAAUUGGAAUCAAAUUUUAUUUUGAUACUUAAAUGAAAUAUUCAUCCGACUAUGAAGAGGUAAUUAUAGAGGAGAAACAGAGUUUCCAUUAGUCAAGCACUUGACUGUUUGAGAUGGACUACAGCUAAAAGGAAUUCAAAAACUAGAUUGUACCCUGAAUCAAAUUUGCUCCAUCCCAUCAAAGAGGCAUGGCACAUAAGAUCAUAUUGUUUUCGUAUAGUUACUUUCCUAAAUACAUAAGGAUUCCUUCUGGGGGUUUAAAAAUACGAUUAUUUCUUCAGCGCAAAGUUCAAUUUUACGAGCAUCAAAUAAAAUUGGUGACAAAAAACUUUUUCCAGGAACUACUGACAGGUGAAUCUACUGGUGCAGAGUACCUAAAGAAAAACAAGAAUAUUCUAGGAAUGCCUGGAAAUUCUGAUUUUAAUUUGAGCCUCUCAUUUCCUCCUUUUCUCUCGCUCUAGUGGUAUGCAAUGAUGAUAAAAUAUGAAAUAGGUAUAGUUGGUUGGUUAUGAAUAUAGCUUUUUAGUGUACAAAAUGGUAAAUCAUUUCAUGUCUUUCUCUAGUUUGUGAUCAUUCCUAAGGUAAUUAUGGCUUUCAAUGGAUGAAUAAAAGGCACACUUGAAAUCACUAAUUCUGAGAGCCAAAAUAGGGAAAAAUGAAAUUAAGACGUAAAACAGGUUUACAAUAAAAUGCUGUCAGUUUUAAAGAAAACUUAUUGGAUUUUAGUAAAAAACCAAUAAAAAAAAUUGACUAGACUCUGUUGCUGAAUGGCUCACAGGUUUCCUCUCUAUGUGACAAAGGAAAUAUCCAUAGAGCAGAUGGGAAACAUAGCCUUAACCAUUGGAAAAUUCACUUCAGUUCCGAUCACACACAAACUUAGAUUUUAAUGUAAGAAUUACUGUGCCGCAGAAAUUUUCACGUUUUGAAUACUACAAAUCUUCACCAAAUCGCCAUGCUUAUCACUUGCUUGCUUCUCCUUCGAUAUAGAGGAAAAACAGGUAGACAAGUUUGGCAAAACUGUUCAAAUAGCAGGGUAUAUUGGACAGCUGACGGCAGUCUCCAAUCCUUUUUGAAAUGUCGAGAAGUAUUAUUGUUCACAAAAAUGAAAGUUUUGUUACUGGACUUUUAAUUCACACGGUGUUCGCAGUUUAUCAGAUACAAAAAAAGUUCACUGGAAAAAUGUGUUUAGUAAUUUUCAUCACAUGUUUUAAAUAAAAAAAAACCAUUUGCCAUGAGAAUCAUGUUAUGUGUGAUUUACCAGCAGGUACCUUUUAUCAGUGUAAAAACACAAUGGUUGACCAUUUGAAAAUAUCAAUCCAGGAUGUGACGACAUCCAUCCCAUAAUUUCAAAUGUUCGUAAAAAAAUAUUGGUGUAAGCCAUCACAAACAAAUGCUCUUCAUAAAUGAUUAAGUUUGUACAUAAUGUAAAGUAUGAUUUGUAAUAAAGCAAAUUUUGUUGAUAUUAA